CAUGACUGAUGGGCCUGCCAGGGUAUAAGAGGGAGAGGGACAAAGAGACGUCAAGCAGUCUCAUACUCUAUGGCCAUGCUCUGGAUCGUCAGCUGUCUCGCUUUGGUGGCCUCAGCCCUGGGUUGCGGAGUGCCUAGCAUCCCGCCGCAGGUGAGCGGCUUGAAGAUUGUGAACGGACAGAACGCCGUAUCUGGCUCCUGGCCCUGGCAAGUGUCACUUCAGGAUGCCUCUGGAUUCCACUUCUGUGGAGGCUCCCUAAUCAGCCAGAACUGGGUUGUCACUGCUGCCCAUUGCCGUGUCACUCCUGGCCGUCACCAUGUGAUCCUGGGAGAGCACGAUCGUCAAUCCAAUGCUGAGCCGAUCCAGGUCAAAAGCAUCUCCAGGGCUAUCACCCACCCCUACUACAACAGCCAGAACUUUAACAACGACGUGACCCUGCUGAAGCUGUCCUCCCCCGUCCAGAUCACCUCCCGCGUGUCCCCUGUGUGCCUGGCCACCUCCAGCACCUCCUUCCCCUCUGGAACCCGCUGUGUCACCACUGGCUGGGGCAAGACUGGCACCACCUCAAGCCCCCGUAUCCUCCAGCAGGUGGCCCUUCCUCUGCUGAGCCCUGCUCAGUGCAAGCAGUACUGGGGCCAGAACAGGAUCACUGACGCCAUGAUCUGCGCCGGAGCCUCCGGAGUGUCCUCUUGCCAGGGUGAUUCUGGCGGUCCUCUGGUGUGUCAGAGCAGUGGUGUGUGGUUUCAGGUGGGUAUCGUGUCCUGGGGCACCACCAACUGCAACGUCAGUACCCCUGCCGUCUACUCCCGUGUCGCCUACCUGCGUGGCUGGAUUGACCAGACUGUCGCAUCCAACUAGAGUCACAGUGGACCCCAGCUGCAAUAGCAGCCAUGUCUCUGCACACAAACUCUUCUUCCUGCAAACAGUGGUCCCACAGACGAGUGUUUGAUGUCAUACAGGCUUUCCCAUCAGCUAGUGACAUUUCAACAUGUCUCAUGCACAGCCGCUCACUGUGUUGCCACCGUCUAAUUGUUUUCAAUGUAACUGAAAAAGAUGUAUUCAAUUAAAGUUGUAUAAAGAAGUUG